AUGAAUCCCACCAGCCAUAUGGGCGCAAAUGGUUUUGAGGAUCUGCAGUGGGACCCGCAGAAUGUCCUCGCCUUUGGGUCCAACAAGCACGUCUUCGGCGGCACCUUCCGUGCGCAGGACGUGGUCGUCUGCCAGCCCCGCCGGGAGGUCCAGGUGGACAUUUUUCGGGCGACGAACGAGAUCAGGGUGCUGAGGGCGCUGGGGCCACAUCCUGCGAUCAUCCAGCUGAUCGCCAGCGAGGAGGGGUGCAGGAAGCCGAUCCUGGUGCUGGAGCAGGUGCAGCCCAUCGGCUUCGACCUCGACCGGCUCUGGAGUCAGUAUGCCCUGAUCGGGUUCAAGGUGCCGGAGCGCCUGUGUGGCCGUAUCUUUCGUCAGAUCGUGGGUGGCCUGCAGCACAUGCACAGUAAGAGUAUUCUGCAUCUCGAUGUGAAGACGGCCAACGUGCUGGUCACGGCCACGUACAACGCCAAGCUGUGCGACUUCGGCAUGUCCGACGGCGUCGGUGCGAGGAAGCAGCACAUGCAGUGCCAGCACCACGAGAUGCAGUACAUGCCCCCCGAGAUGCUCGAGGGCAUGGUCCUGGAUGUGGCGACAGACUGCUGGGGCCUCGGCCUGAUCCUCCACCAGAUCUAUCCCGGCACAGUCCCGCCGCCGUGCAAGCCCAGCACCAGGGCGGCGACGGCUGUGGGGGGUCGCACCUGGAGGGGGCACGGUGGCGGAUAA